GGAGUCGUGACAGUGGAAUGAUAUCUCCAGAGCCCCCGGUGCUGCGGUCCUGCUGAGCAUUUACAUCCAGAUGCAGAGAUGGCUGGAGCAGAAACUGUGGAGUAUGAACUAGUUCCGCCCGAUGGAGGGUGGGGUUGGAUGAUUGUGUUAGGGGUCGCGCUCGGAAACAUGACCGGACAGUGCCUCGUGGCAACUUUCAGCCUGCUGUUUGGAGACAAGUUACAGUCACUGGGCCUCAACACGACCAGCGCUGCCGUCAUCUUGAACACCAUGAUGGCUGUCAUGCAGUUCUCCGGUCUUCUCACGGGGCCAUUGCUGAAGAAAUUCAGUGUACGUCAAGUGGCUUUCAGCGGGGGCUGCUUUGUGGUGGCUGGGAUCCUUCUCACCAGUUUCGCCAACUCUUUCAUCCACAUCAUUAUCAGCUACAGCAUCUUCUUAGGUCUCGGCAGUGGGUUUGUGGCGCCCUCUAGCUUCAUAGCAGUCAAAUCGUACUUCUUGAAAGCACGAGGGCGUGCCGUCGGCAUGUCUAUGGCAGGCAGCAACGUGGGGCAGAUGAUGAUGCCGCACCUGGUGCGUUUCCUGCUGGAGAACUACGGCUUCAGUGGUGCCAUGCUGGUGCUGGGAGGCGUUGCGAUGCACCUUCCCGCAUGCAGCCUCCUAUACCAGCCGCUGGAAUGGCACGCCGAGCGCCGACCAGUCGCCAGCGAGCUGAAGCCGCUGAAGGGCGAGCCAGACAGUUCCACAGAUGGCACUGCAGUGGACAAGGAGUCGCCCAAGGUCCGGCAACCGAGGCGUUUCGCGUCCGUGACGUCACUAGCCACAUCCGAGCUGGGCAACAUGAGCGAAGCCAUACCUGUCGAUAACAAGAAGUGUCUACCUCCCACUAGCGAAGAGGACCCAGGCCCUGUCCAGCAGAAGACUCAGCCAGUGUGGCGUCGAGUGAUGGCUUUCAUGGACCUGGACCUGCUGCGGAACUGGGUGUACCUCAACGUGAUGUUCGGCUCGGCGUGCAUGACCGUAGCGGCCAUCAACUUCUCGCUGCUGCUGCCCUUGUACCUGCAGCGCCACCUGCGGCUCUCGCUGUCGGAGACGGCGCUCUGCCUCACCGUGACGGCCGUUGGCGACUUCGUGUCCAGGAUCACGGUGCCUUCUUUCACGGACCGCUUCAAGAUCAGGCCGCGCAUUACGUUCUUCGUGGGCGCUAUCUUCUGUACAAUCACUCGCUCAGUAAUAGCCACGUCCUCCAGCAUGGUGGCGCUGUAUGUGUGGAACACUCUGGCUGGAUUCUCCCGAGGCGCCGCCAUCAUCAACAUUAACCUGUGCGUUGCCGAGGUGUGCCCCGACCACAAGCUUCCAGCCGCCGUAGGCCUUAACAUGGUGACAAGCGGCGUCUUCCUCUUCACCCUUGGACCCGCUAUAGGUUACGUCCGUGACGCGACAGGAGACUACCCACUGUGUAUUCACCUCCUGACUGUGUUGCUGCUCGUCGCCAUGGCGGCUUGGCUCAUAGAGGGUGUCAUGCAUUGGUGCCACCGAAAGAGAUGAUUCCAAACUUCAGUUAACGAUAAAGAGUAACCAGAAGGAGAACAAUGAUGUCUCUCUCUCUACAUCUGAACAGGAAUCUUAUAUUUAAAGUAUUAUUGCACAUCUGUAAGCUUCUUUGUGAAAUCUCAUAGGGAAAUUAAGUUAUAAAUUGUGUGUUAAUUUGAUGUGUGUUAAUUUCAUCUUUACUCAUGUUACCCUUCUGACAGAAAUCAACAAUGCUAACUUCUCAAUAUCUAUAGUGGGACGUCACAUGGAACAUAUUGUAAGUUAACCACGUACAUAACUACGUCUUGCAGAGUUUACCAAGUCCUGUGAAGUUGUAAA